CAUGAUAAAAGAGCCUACCUACGCUGGCCCUCAAUAGAGUCUGGCUCUCUUCUGGCACCCGAGCAUGGCACUUCGUAGCUCAGCUGUCGUCGCUCUCCUCGCGGCCCUUUUGGCCAACGCUGCAAGGGCUGAGGAUUGCUCUGCGCCCUUCUGUCUGGAUUUCGACGGCCAGCAAGUCCGGUGCGAUACCUCCUCUGUGGGUCACUACUUUUCCCAUCCCGACGACUGCCACCGAUUCUUGCAGUGCACCUACUCAGGACUAUUCGAAAUGAGCUGCGGUCCUGGAACGGCCUGGGACCAAAGCAUUUUGACCUGCGCGCACGAGGCCACCGUCGACUCCUGCAAGGCCCCCGAGAUCUGCGACUGCGACUGCUGCUUCCGCGCCGACCCCGAUGACGCGGCUGGCUUCAUCUACUGUCUAGCUAGUGCAAAAGGUGAAAAAGCCACGCCCUUCAAGCUUCGUUGCCCAGAAGGUCGAAAAUGGGAUGAUUCUACCGGUUCAUGUCAGUAAGAUGCGAUUAUUCGCGAAUGACAAACACAGACAACGCAUUCAAAGGCGAGAGAAAGGAUAUAAAGUCACGUUCUAUAAGAGCAAACAGAAACAGGAACCAUGAAAAAAACAUGGCGGUAAUAGUGGACAAUAGACUUCUUGUAAAGGACGAAACACGAAAGACCAAAUGAAGUUCUCAGAAGACCGAAACCUCAAAGAGAGAAGAAGAAGAAAAAAAAAAAAAAUAGAGCGAAAUCUCACAAAGGCGGAACAGCGGCGCCAUCCACACGACCGGAGACGAAGAGAAUUAUCGGACAUUGAUUAAACCAUCUCACGUUCUUUUAGGACUCGCAUAUAAGCUCCCGAUCAACACUGGUUCAGACUUAUUUCGGGGGGCCGUUCGGAUCCGCGUCUUUCCCUCUGAAGUACUUUAUGAAUGAAAUGUUGGCGAGGACGUCUUUGAUCGGUGGGAAAAAAUUGAAUGGAACAUUUCGAUUUUGUAAGACGGAUUUUGGAGCUAUCAUUAAAAUAUCAUUUGCUACAAGAAUGCCGUCAGUUCCUUUUACUACUAGUGAACAUUUACAGUUAUAUUAGUUGAUUAAAGUAUCGUAUCAAAAUACA